UCUGCUGAGAGAAGUUGUUCUAAGUUAUCACAACACCACCACCAGCAGCAUCAUCAUCAUCAUCACAUAAUAUGCUCCAUGGCUGAUUGUGCUGCCUUGUGAUACUUCCAGGAGGAGAUCACUCAUAUCUACUGCCCUACCUUCCUCUGUGUGUGGAUGCUGGAAGAAACAUUGGGGUGCUGUAUAUGGAAAUUGUGGGUUGCAGAACAGAAGAAAGUGCCUAUCCCUUCCGACCAGCAGCCAUGCUCUUCCAUGGGAUAACUGGGGGACAUAUACAAGGGAUCAUGGAAGAGAUGGAGAGACGGUCCAAGUCAGCAGAUAGCCGUCUGGCCAAAACUAUCCAGGUCAAUGGCAGAGAAACAAGAAUGCCGCCACUCAGCCCAGAGAAGCCAGCUCUGUGUGCAGGAUGUGGAGGGAAGAUCUCUGACAGAUACUACCUUUUGGCUGUGGACAAGCAAUGGCAUCUCCGCUGUCUGAAGUGCUGUGAAUGUAAACUGGCCUUGGAGUCAGAAUUGACUUGUUUUGCAAAGGAUGGAAGCAUAUAUUGCAAAGAAGAUUAUUACAGAAGGUUUUCGGUGCAGAGGUGUGCUCGAUGCCACCUUGGCAUUUCAGCUUCAGAAAUGGUUAUGAGAGCAAGAGAGUCCGUCUAUCAUCUAAGCUGCUUCACAUGCACCACGUGUAACAAGACCCUGAGUACAGGAGACCAUUUUGGCAUGAAAGAAAAUCUAGUAUAUUGCCGGGCUCACUUUGAGCUCUUGGUCCAGGGAGAUUUUCAUCCUCAGCUCAACUACACUGAGAUUUCAGCCAAAGGUGGAGGACUGUCUGCACUUCCCUACUUCACCAAUGGAACAGGAACCGUGCAAAAGGGGAGACCCAGAAAGAGGAAGAGUCCUGCCCUGGGAGUAGACAUCAUCAACUACACUUCAGGUUGCAAUGAGAAUGACACAGAUUUGGACAGAGACCAGUCAUAUCCUCCCUCCCAAAAGACAAAACGAAUGCGUACCUCAUUUAAACAUCACCAGCUCCGUACCAUGAAGUCAUACUUUGCUAUAAACCAUAAUCCAGAUGCAAAGGAUUUGAAGCAACUGGCUCAAAAAACAGGAUUAACCAAAAGGGUCCUACAGGGAGAACAAUGUUCGGGGUUUAACAGCCAUACAACCCGGCGUUUGAAAAUUCCCUAAAGUAUUUAAAGAAGGGGAAAAGUUUGAUCGGAAAACCUACUGCAGUGAAGACAAAGACAAAAUUAGCUAAAAACAUAAAAAAAACUAUACAUAUAUAUAUAUAAACAUAAAACAUUUGUCAUUUUUGAAUGUUGAGAAUUGUUUUUUCCUUUCCAUAUGCAUAAUUGGCUGAUAAUUAUAAUGUUGUGCUAUAGUGUAGAUAUGAAAGGCAUAACAAUUUAUCAGUUGCAAUUUCAAGAUUUAUAGAUUUCUCUACAACAUUAUAAAAUAUGUAUAUACACAAUGGAGCAACCUGGCAUUAAUGAAUCCGUUUGAAUGCAAAGUUUAUUGAUGACUUGCCUGAUUUUAAGCACAAUACAUUUAACAUAAAUGUGAAAAGAAACACUUUAUAACAUGCCUGCAAAAAUGUAUUCUUAAAAAUGUGAAUUAUGUAUCAUUUAUGUCUAUACACUUUUCAUUACAA